AUGGUGCAGUCAUGUGCGUGGCCUGAAGAAGAACAUUCCAGACAGAGGGAGCAGAAAGCGGAAGAGGCAAAGGCAAGAAAGAGCUUCCUGAAGCGGGGAGUCAUCAAAGGGAGCAGUGUAGUGAACGAUGAGGGAAGAGUCAGAAAUGGCACAUUUCGAGCUAUUGGAAGGACUUGGGGAUUUCCUCUGAGAGCAACUCUGAUCUACCUCAUGAGUCCAAGAUUUUUGAUUUAUGUAAGCUGUGUCUUGUCAAUAUGGGGAGAUGGAAUGUGGCACUUUGCUAAGUCUGUGUUCCUGAUAGAGCCCUAUGGACACAAUCUUCUCCUUACUGCAGUGUUUGGCUUAGGGGUGGCCGGCUCUGUGUUAAUAUUUGGGGUUUUAAUUGGUGACUGGAUCGACAGGAAACCAAGAAAUAAAGUCGCUCACGCCUCGCUCUUCAUUCAGAAUGCUUCCGUCGCUGCCUGCUGUGUGGUCCUGAUGCUGGUGUUCUCCUACAGGAGGGAGAUGGAGCGACUCCGGCAUGGCUGGCUCGCUGUGGUCUGGUAUGCUGUGGUGAUUACCCUAGCGGCCGUGGCAAACCUGGCUGGCACUGCACUUACUAUCACCAUUCAGAGGGACUGGAUUGUGAGCCUCACGGGGGACAGCAGAGGCCAGCUGGCUGUUCCCCAGUUGGCUGUGAAACCCCAGCGGCACACAGCGGGCUGCUUCCUAGAGAGGCAGCAGGAAGCUGUGCACAUCCAACCUUGUCUGAAUUUUAUUUUAGGUGAAACGGAGUUUUUGGAAACCAUGAACAGAUCCAUCAACACAUCCAGAACUCUGGAAAAACCAAAGGACCACAAUUUUAGCCUUGAAGAACAAGCAGCCACAACCAAAGGGCUUCUUCACUGCCUGCAGGACACCCGCAGGCUGCUCCACACAUGCCUGGAGGGAUGGGAAAUGUACUGCCGACAAACUGUCUUCCUGGCUGGCUUAGGUUUGGCUUUCCUCUACAUGACAGUUCUGGGCAUUGACUGCAUCACCACAGGCUAUGCCUACACCCAGGGCAUUGGAGGCUCCCUCCUCAGCAUCCUCACAGCCCUUUCAGCUGUUGGCCUCAUGGGAACAAUUCUCUUUACCCGGCUCCGGAAGCAUUAUGGCUUGGUCACCACAGGGAUCAUUUCCAGUUGGCUCCAUUUAGGUAGCCUAACACUCUGUGUGCUUUCUGUCUUUGCUCCUGGAAGUCCUUUUGAUAUGGCUACCUUCUCCCUCCCAUUAAGCAAGAAUUCUUCAAACCAUGAGAUGCUAAAAGAUGACCAGGCACAUUUUUACACCUUUGAAAGAAAUCUAAAUCAACCCAUCUUCCCCGACUGCUCUCCUAUCCACUGGACCAAUAGUACAGUCUUGUUUGAUGGCCAGCAGGACCCUGAGCAGCCUGACUCUUACAUCUCUAUCAUCUUGCUCUUCUCAGUUGUGAUCCUGGCAAGAAUCGGCCUCUGGUCCUUCGACCUCACUGUGACUCAGCUUCUCCAGGAGAACAUUCCGGAAGCGGAGCGAGGGGCUGUGAACGGCGUGCAGAGCUCACUGAACUACCUCAUGGACCUCAUUCACUUCGUCCUGGUCAUGCUGGCCCCGAGGCCGCAGCAUUUUGGCAUGUUGGUUUUCCUCUCCAUGCUCUUUGUGGCCACUGGGCACGUGCUCUAUUUCUUUUAUGCAAGAAGGAGUAAGACUAAGGAGGCCCACGUGAUCAAGACAUCCGGGAAGGGCUCGUGGACGCCCCCGAUGUGAGUGGUAGGUGGCACUCCUUAGCGGUCUGGGCAGCCGUGGGCACAUCUUCCCACCAAGUGAGUGUUCCAGCUGUUUUGUGUACCUCUUGCGUCUUGGUUCCAGCUGAGAGCAAACGUGCCACUUCCUGCCGACAGCAUCCCCUUCUUCUGGCUCCUUUCCUGGUACUAUCCUGAGGGUCAAGGGGGACAACCGGAAGGGCGCCCAAUUAGCGGAAUUCAGGAAGCUCUUCCUCUCAGCUCCUUCACGGGACUGGUUUUAGUUCCACCAAUACAAGAAAAAACUCAGUGUCAGGGCUGGGGGUGUAGCUCAGUUAGCCGAGUGCU